GAGAUCAGCAACAGAAAGAGAUGGAGAGAGAAAAUAUGAUUAUGAGAGAAAGGGAGGAAGCAGGAAGAAGAAAGGAGGGGCAGAAAAAUAUAUUGGGGGAAAUUGAGGGACAGAAUGAACUGGAGAUAGAACAGGAGAGAGAGAUGGAAGAAAAGCAGGAAGUGAUUAAGGAAGCAGAGGAAGUGUACAGGGAAAGAGAAGAGAGAGGAAAGGAAGUAAGCAUGAAGAAACAUGUAGUAGUUAAUGUUAAAGCAAAAGCACGGGAAGUCUUCAAUAGGCGUAAAGAGAGGAGGUUAGAAGUGUUGAAGGGGGAACGAGAACACAUAGAAAGAGGACAACAAAUCAGGAGGGAGAAGGAGGAAAGACGGCUGGAGAUGGAAAGAAAACAGGAGAGGGCAAGACAACAAGAGGAGCAGGAUAGAAAACAAGACAUUGAAAUUGCUAGACAGAAAGAAAUGUUCAGACUAAGAGAGGAGGAGAGACAGAGAGAGGAAGAGAGAGAGGAGCAGAGAAAGAGAGCCAUUGAAGGCCAUUUAGCUUUAAUCAGAGAGAAAGAGAAGAUUUUAGAGGUAAAGAAAAAAGAGGAGAUGGUGGAAGAGGAAAGAAGGGAGAUCCCUGAGUACAAGAGGGGUGACUUAGAGGACACUGAAGAGGAGGAGGAGAAGGAAGAUGACAAGGUGGACAUUCUCCCACCUGAUAAAAGUAUCCGAAGGAGAGCUGUGGGCUGGGUAAACAAGAAGUGGGAGAAGAGGAACCUCAAAAAGAUAGAGAGAACCUGUCAGAGAGAAGCUGAGGAGGGCGAUAAGAUCGUCCACAUAGUCAUCCCUGGACCCAUAAGGCUAACCAUGACCCGGGCAGAGAGAGAGAGGGAGAAGAGGAAGGAGCUGCUGAAGGCUGAGGAGAGAAGGAAGAAGUUGGAGGAUUUCAAUAAGCAGUGGAGAGUGCAGUCGCUGCUUAAAAAACACACUCAUCAACAACUGAAGGAGGAGAGGGAGAAGAUGAAGGAAAAGUACCUGGAGCAGAUUAAUCUGGAGGCUGAUGAGCAAAUCCAGAAGUUCAGCACCCAGUACAUCACCCGGUGUCCAACCACCCAACACAGCCACGACUACAACCACGGUCAGGAAUUGCCGGGGUGGGCGACAGGCCAACAAGUAAGCCAAGAGCCUGUUGCAUCUGGAGAUGGCCAGCAGGAGGGGCCAAGGAGGCAACAGGCAUGGGCAGAGAACCAGGAGGGGAGUUCAGAGAACCAGCAGGAGGGGCCAGAGAACCAUCAGGGGGGGCCAGACAGCCAGCAGCUAGAAGCUCCAGAAGAGGUUGAAACAUCAGAGCCAACCUCCAACAACAAGAAAAAGCCAAGCAUCUGGAAGAGAAUUAAGAUGGGGUAA